CAAAUACCAAUACAAAGCAAAAGUCGCACACCAAUAUACACUUGGGCUUUGGUAGAUUUUUUUCUACCAUCUCACAAUUUUUCUUCCCCUUCAGCCCAAUGUCGCCGGCGACUUUCUGACCUGCUCGAUAACCUCCGUCUCUCUCUCCGUUCGAAACAGAUUUCUAGGGUUUUGGAUUGUUGAUUCAAAUUUAUACAUAUCGGAAUAAGACGAUGGCAGCUCCACCAGCUAGGGCUCGAGCAGAUUAUGAUUAUCUCAUCAAGCUUCUCCUCAUUGGCGAUAGCGGUGUGGGAAAGAGUUGUUUACUUCUGAGAUUCUCAGACGGAUCCUUCACAACAAGUUUCAUCACAACUAUUGGAAUUGAUUUUAAGAUAAGAACAAUUGAACUUGAUGGCAAGCGGAUUAAGUUACAAAUUUGGGAUACAGCUGGUCAAGAGCGUUUCCGCACUAUCACAACAGCGUAUUACCGAGGAGCAAUGGGGAUUCUGCUGGUGUAUGAUGUCACGGACGAGUCUUCUUUCAAUAACAUCAGGAACUGGAUUCGCAACAUAGAGCAGCAUGCUUCUGAUAAUGUCAACAAGAUUUUGGUCGGGAACAAGGCUGAUAUGGAUGAAAGCAAAAGGGCUGUGCCAACUUCCAAAGGUCAAGCUCUUGCUGAUGAAUAUGGCAUUAAGUUCUUUGAAACAAGUGCAAAGACAAACCUGAAUGUCGAAGAAGUUUUCUUUUCAAUUGGUAAGGAUAUCAAGCAAAGGCUUUCAGAAUCUGAUUCCAAGACUGAGCCUCAGUCAAUCAGGAUCAACCAAUCCGAUCAGGCAGGAACUGCUGGUCAAGGUGCCCAGAAGUCAUCUUGCUGUGGUUCGUAAGCCGAGUUGGCUACUGUUUUCUUGAUUGCACUUGGAUGUACAAAUUGGUGGGGAUGAAAAACUGAUCCUUGUGAACUUCAUUACCAUUUAUCUGCCAUUGGAUGGCAAGUUUGGUGUGUCAAAGGCCUUUUCUACUUUAUAUUUGGAAUCUAUUUGUCAUAUACAGCUUAAUAGCCUUUGUUUGGUUAUUGUUCUUUGUUAUCUAUGUCUCUUAGGAUUU